AUGCGCCAAUUCACCAACCUCCUCGCUGUAGCAGCAGCAACAAUCUCCGUCUCAGCAAUCGACCCCCCUCGCUUCCCCCACCAACCCACCGGCAACGGCACCACCCUCCUCAACUACAACAUCACCACCGCCAACCCAGGCUCCCUCAGCCCCUCCUCCACCUCCGUCACUUGGAUCGCAGGCUCCUCGGACUCCAACCAAGACGGUGAUUUCAUCACCACCGCCUCCGACGGUUCCUUCGUGUUCGAAAAUGUCGUCACCGGCAACCAGACCACCUUUUUGUCGGCUGACAAGAUCCCCGCCGAUUACUGGGAUUAUCAAAUCUCUGGGGACUAUUCCAAGGUGUUGUGGGCUGUGAAUUACACGAAACAGUACCGGCAUUCGUAUUUUGCGGAUUAUCUUGUCCAGGACGUCGCGACGGGGGAGACGAAGCCGUUGGUGGAGGGGUCGGAGGGGGAUAUUCAGUACGCGGUGUGGAAUCCCGUGUCGGCCGGGGAGAUUGCGUUCGUGAGGGGGAAUGAUCUGUUUAUUUGGGAGGAGAGUGGGAACAUCACGCGGAUCACGGAGAACGGAGGACCGGAUUUGUUCAACGCUGUCCCCGACUGGGUGUACGAGGAGGAGAUAUUCGGGAGUAACAACGUGCUGUGGUACUCGCCGGACGGGGCGUACAUUGCGUUUUUGACGUUUAAUGAGACGGGGGUCGAGACAUUUACGAUUCCGUAUUAUAUGGCCAACCAGAAGGUGGCGCCGUCGUAUCCGAGGGAACUGCCGCUGCGGUAUCCCAAGGUUGGGACUAAGAACCCGACUGUGGGGUUGAAUUUGUUGGAUGUCAAGGGCAGGGAGGUGAAGCCGGUGGUGGUGGAUGCGUGGCCCGAGGAUGAUUUGGUUAUUGGGGAGGUCGCGUGGGUGACGGAGGAACAUGAUAAGUUGAUUUACAGGGCGUUUAACCGCGUGCAGGAUCAGGAGAAGCUGAUCGUGGUCGACGCGCAGACGCAGAAGUCGACUGUUUCUCGGCAGCGGGAUGGGUCAGAUGGCUGGCUGGACAACAACUUGGCGAUUACCUACAUUGGCCCGGUCGAGCAAAAAUCCAACGGCAACGGCAACGGAAAGGGGAAAGAAAAAGGCAAGGGCACCGACACCACCCGGUACUACCUCGACCUCUCCGACGCGUCCGGGUGGAACCACCUAUACCUCUUCUCCCUCACCGACGGCUCCAACAUCACCCUCACCUCCGGGCCCUGGGAAGUCGCGUCCAUUCUCAAAGUCGACACCACCCGCGGUCUGGUCUACUACACCUCCACCGAGCACCACCCAACCGAACGCCACCUUUACUCGGUCUCCUACACCACCGGCAUCAAGACCCCUCUCGUCGACCCAACCGUCCCAGCCGUCUGGUCCGCUUCCUUCUCCGCUGCGGGAGGUUACUACAUCCUCACCUACUCUGGCCCGGACGUACCCUACCAAGAACUCUACUCCAUCUCUUCUGCGUCGCCUUCCAAGGCAAAGCCAGGCAAACCCCAACUAAUCCGCACAAUCACAUCCAACGCCGACCUCCACAGCACCCUCCAAUCCUACCGUCUCCCCCGCAUAACCUACCUCGACCUCCCCCACCCCUCAGGCUACAACCUCUCCGCCAUGCUCCGCCUCCCAGCCUCUUUCACCCCCCAUCCUCACCAACCUUACCCCGUCCUCCUAACCCCCUACGGCGGACCGGGCGCUCAAGAAGUCAGCAAAUCCUUCCAGGGCCUCGACUGGAACGCUUAUAUCGCUUCCGACCCCCAAUUGGAGUACAUCACGCUCACAGUCGACAACCGCGGCACUGGGUUCCGGGGCCGGGCGUUUCGGUCUACUGUCGCGGGGAAUUUGGGCGAGUUGGAGGCGCAGGACCAGAUCUGGGCUGCUAAGUGGUUGGCUGAUGCGCAUCCGGAGUGGGUAGCGCGGGAUAAGAUGGGCAUUUGGGGGUGGAGUUACGGGGGGUAUUUAACCGCCAAAGUGGUCGAGGCUGGCGCUGAUGAUGUGAUUGCUUUUGGAUUGGCCACGGCGCCCGUGUCGGAUUGGCGGUUCUAUGAUAGUAUGUACACUGAACGGUACAUGAAGACACCCGAGAUUAACCCUGACGGGUAUAACCGGUCGGCGGUGAGGAAGGUGGAGGGGUUUAAGAGAUUGAGGGGCCAGUUCCUGGUGCAGCAUGGCACGGGGGAUGAUAAUGUGCAUUUUCAGAACUCGGCGGCGUUGGGGGAUUUGUUGAUGGGUGGGGGGGUUGGGCCGGAGAAGUUGGAUGUGACGUUUUUUACGGAUUCGGAUCAUGGGAUACGGUAUGAUGGGCAGAAUGCGUUUGUGUAUAAGGAGUUGAGUGGGAAGUUGUGGGAGGAGAAGAGACGGGUGAAGGGGGAUCGCCAUCAGUGGAAUCGGAGAAAUGGGGCCGGGUGGAGGCCGGAGUAG